CAGGCUACUGGAUCAAUACCUUUAUCUCGUUACAUACAAUUCUGUUUAUCUCACCCUGUACAUGGUUAUUACUCCAAAGGAGAUAUUUUCGGUCGGAAAGGAGAUUUUGUGACUUCACCAGAGAUAAGUCAGGUGUUCGGUGAGCUGGUAGGAAUAUGGUUCAUGACACGUUGGCUUGCCGCCGGACAACCUUCAGUCAGAUUGUUAGAACUGGGACCUGGGAGGGGUACGUUGAUGGAUGAUAUCCUCCGAACUUUAUAUACCUUUCCCGGUAUGGCCUCAGCUAUCCGACAAGUGCACUUGGUUGAAAAUUCUGUGAAUAUGCAACAACUUCAAGCAGAUAAAUUGGGUCAGGUUUUACAUGCUCGAGGGAUUUCGUUAUCAUGGUCGGAUAAAAUUGACGAUGUGCCCAUGAGCGAAUUAUUCACUUUUGUCGUGGCACAUGAAUUCUUCGACGCUAUACCUAUCAACCUAUUCGAGAAAACCAACGAAGGUUUUCGUGAAGUUCUCGUUGAUCUCAAUCCGAAAUACGAAACUCUAUCUUCUUCUACACCGUCAACCUCAUUCCCUAAAGUUGUCACCUCCACUAAAUCUCCUUUCCACAUGACUCUCUCACGCGAACCAACCCCUCUGUCUACUGUCCUCCCUGCUACUUCACCUCGAUUCGCUUCUAUCCCUUCUGGCGGACGCUUAGAGAUCGCAGGGGAAUCAUGGAGGAUCAUGCGUCGUUUAGGAGAGAUCAUCUCUUCAGAAGAAGGGAAAGCUUCAACUUCGAAGAGACGUGGGAGAGGAGGAGGGGCAGGAUUGAUCAUUGAUUAUGGGGGUGAAAAGUACUAUGGAGCUUCUUUUAGAGCGUUCCAAAAACAUAAAUUGGUAGAUGUUUUCGAGAACCCAGGUGAAGCGGAUCUGACGGCUAAUGUUGAUUUUGAAUAUUUGAAAGAAUCAUUAGAUGGCCUUGACGUCAAAUCAUUAGGGACCAUAUCUCAAUCAGAUUUUCUCUUGAAAUUAGGUUUACAACCUCGAUUAGAGAAACUAUCACAAAACGCCGAAACUCCAGAAAGGAAAGAAACGAUACGUAAAAGUGCUCAAAGACUUAUUGAUCCACUAGGAAUGGGUAGUCAAUAUCGUAUUUUAGGUCUUGUUGACGGAUCUCAAUCCGAUUCUGAGAUUUAUCCAUUCCCAUCUCUUCAAUAA